AUGUCAGAUGCAUUUGUUAAAGCUUCAACUUCUUUUUAACCUUAUAACAGUUAGAAAUAGGAUGCUGUUUCCGUUGAUGUAUCUAUGGAUCCUUUUCGAUUGCAGCGGCCUGUAAUACGAGUUUAAACUUCUUUCGAAAAAAUUAUGUAAUAUUAGUCUACUGAUAAACCUUUUUCACCAAUUCCACAUUGUAAUAUAUAUUUUAUCAUUGGUGUAGAAUUAUAGUCUUCAUAUGAUGGAUAGGAGAUGUGUUACUUAAUGAAUAGUCAGAACAAAUACUCAUUCAAUAAUUCAUUAGACAGCAAAAUUUGGUUUCAAAGGCCAUAAGAGAUUUAAAAUUCAUAAUGUAAGCAAUCUACAAAUAUCCAACCUCAAUUUGCUUCACCUAGAGCAUCUUAAGGAAACAAAAACGAAGUAGCACAGUAGAAAUAAAAUCAAUUGAGAUCAUAAAAAAAGCAUUUCUAAAAAGAACAGCUAAAAUUCUUCAAGGAAGACUCAGUCUAGAGUGAAGAAAUAAACCAUAAUGAAGAAAGCAGCAUAGAAUUUAAACCAAAAAAAUAAAAAAAAAUCAAAAAUAAGCGACAAAAGCAUACAAGUGAUAGUUCUGAAUCAUUUAGGAUAUGCAGAAAAAAGAAAAUAUCUAAGGUUAAUGAUACUAAAAACAUCACCAAAAAUUAUUCAAAAGCCAUCAUUUCAUAUAUUUUCAAUAAUCCUCAAGUUGUUUAAUAACUAAUGCAAAAACAUCGGUAUGACGACUUAGUAAAUUUCCUAAAAAACAAAAAAAACUCAAUGACUAAUAUUAAAUAAUUAAGAGAUUUAUGGGUGGAUGGCGGGAAGAAUGCAGAAUACAACAGAGUUUUUAGGAUAAUAAGUUAAUUAUUCUUAAAGACUUAAGCAGUCUCCUAUGUAUACAAUUCUAGAAUCUCAAAUACUUAGUGGCAUCUGAAAUACAGAUAUAAUCUAUUAAGAGCUUUGAAAGAACCUUAAAAUUUCAAAUUUAUCAAAGAUAUUUGA